AUGUCAGAGCAAUCUAAGGAUGAGGUAGCGUCGCAGUUGAAGUCCACCGUCUACCUCACGGUAGCUAAGAUGGUAGAAGAACAACUUGCCAAACACACGAAGAACACGGAAACAGUUGUGGCAACACCCAUCUUCAUAGCUUCAUUGGUUGAUUUGGUGUAUAACCAAAUUGUCAAUCUUGGUGAAGAUUUGGAAUUGUUUGCUCAACAUGCCAAUCGGUCCACAGUUAAGCCAGAUGAUUUAUACAUGGUUACGCGUAAGAAUGACAUUUUGACGAAAUGCUUGAAAGAGGUGGAGCAUCAAUUGAAGCAGCACAACAGCUGA